UUUAAGGCCAACCAAAUUACUCCUAUCUAGGAUUUUCAACAAAUGGAAUCCCUUGUCCUUCUUUUCUUCUCACGGUACUAAACCAGAAAGAACCCAAGCUGCUAAUCUUACUACCUCAAAGAUUUAUAAAUAAUGAGUCUUGAGAAGUGAGAACAGUAGCAGAGAGAGAGAGAGAGAGAGAGAGAGAGAGAGCAAAAGAGAUGAAAUCCACAACCAACCCCCAUAACCUCUGUUUCUUCACCAUAGCUCUCCUUCAAACCCUUUUAUUAUCAUCUACAACGGCACACCUUGAUACCCCAAGUUGGUCCACCAGCAUAAUCUUCGCCACGUUUGGUCGAUCGAACUACGCCUUCGACAUCUACACCCUUCCAAUCCCGGUCCCACAAACCCAAAACCCAACCGAACUAGAGUUCCAACUCACCGACGGACACUCCGUAAACUACAACGGCCACUUCCCCUCCCCAUCAUCCACUUCCUCUCUCCUCUCUCUCUCCAAAACCCCAUCCCCGCCGUCCGUCCACCUCGUCUACGUCACCGAGCGCAACGGAUCGACGUCCGUCUACCUCGACGCGGUCUACCCCGAUGGUCCCGACCGCACCAGAAAAAGGUCCAUCCUCCAAAUCCCUGCUCGUGUUCAAGUACCCCUAUUGAGUGAUGGACAAAUCGAUUCUAAAUUUGAAGUGGGACCCAUUUCGAUGAAGGAUCGGCCGAGCGUGGUGGGGGAUUACUUGGUUUACGUCUCAACCCAUGAGAACACGGGGGUGGCUCGGACGAGCUGGGCUGCGGUGUACUCGACGGAGUUGAGGACCGGGUUGACUCGGAGGCUGACGCCAUAUGGUGUGGCGGAUUUCAGCCCCGCCGUGUCGCCGUCGGGGGUUUUGACGGCGGUGGCUUCGAGUGGAGAGAGAGGGUGGAAGGGUGAGGUGGAAGAGCUUGAUACUGAUAUAUAUGUGUUUAGAACGGAAGACGGCUCGGGCCGAGUUAAGGUGGUGGAGCACGGUGGGUGGCCGAGUUGGGCCGACGAGUCGACUCUGUAUUUUCACAGGAGGGGUGAUGAUGGUUGGUGGAGUGUAUACAGAGCAAUUAUUGUUAAAAGCUGGGAAAAUAAUGUCGACUCGGUGGUGACUCAGCGAGUUACCCCACCGGGUCUUCACGCGUUCACGCCGGCAGCUUCGGUAGCCAACAAGAGCUUCAUUGCUGUGGCGACGAGGCGGCCCAGUUCCGAGUUUCGCCACAUAGAGCUCUACGACGUCGUUUCUAACGAGUUUAUUGAGAUUACCCAACCCGUUUCGCCACAAACCCAUCAUUAUAAUCCAUUUAUUUCCCCCGAUUCUACCCGGAUCGGGUACCAUAGAUGCAGAGGGGGGAACAAUGGGAGAGAAUGUAAUCACUUGUUACUCGAAAACAUCCAAAGCCCAUUACCCGAAACAUCUCUAUUUCGGAUUGACGGGUCGUUUCCAUCUGUCUCGCCGGAUGGCAACCGAAUCGCUUUCGUGAAGCUCUCGGGUCUUUACGCGGUGAACCGGGACGGGUCGGGUCUUCGUCAGCUCUAUUCGGGAACCGCAUUCUCAACCGCGUGGGACCCAAUAAGGAAGGGGGUGGUGUACAGCAAUGUGGGACCUUCAUUUGCGACGGAGAGCACAAGGGUCGACGUGAUCUCCAUCAAUGUCGAUGACGACGAUGAUGGUGAAUCGCGUUACAAGAGGUUGACCACUGGUGGUGAAAACAAUGCGUUUCCGUCGCCUUCACCAGAUGGAAAAUGGGUCGUGUUCCGGUCAGGUCGAUCAGGUCACAAAAACUUAUACAUAAUGGACGCCGUGGAGGGAGAGAAGGGUGAGAUGCACCAGCUCACCAAAGGCCCAUGGACUGAUACGAUGUGCAAUUGGUCACCUAACGGUGAUUGGAUCGCUUUUGCGUCAGAUCGGGAGAAUCCAGGUUCGGGGAGUUACGGACUAUUCAUGAUCCACCCGAACGGUACCGGGCUCAAGAAGUUAGUCCAAAGUGGGUCGGGCGGUCGGACCAACCACCCGUGGUUCAGCCCGAACGGGAAAAAUAUUGUGUUCACUUCAGACUAUGCCGCGGUAUCGGCCGAACCAAUCUCCAACCCGCAUCACUAUCAGCCCUACGGAGAUAUUUUCACGAUUAGAUUGGACGGUUUUGGGAUAACGAGGUUGACACACAGCUCGUUUGAAGAUGGAACACCAACUUGGGGGUCCACAUUCAUGAGCCCCGUUGAUGUGGGGGGCCCAACAGAUGGACCACAGUGCUCCUUUGAUGAUUGUCACUGGCUUGGUAAUUUUCUGAACCGUGGUUUCGAGAUUGGAUUUGGACCCUCGGUCUUAGCCAACGCCCAAUGUGGUUUGUGACUUUGGGAUUUUCGGAAUUAAGAAAAUUGGGCAAGUCGGCAAUCUUGAUGUACUAUAGUACUUGUUAUCUGGUGUGAAUAUCUUUAUAUAGAAGCCUAUAGUAUUUUGUAUGUGAAUAUCUGUAGGAGAGCAUAACGUAUUUCUCUGUAAUAUGUUUAUCAAUAAAUGGAUGUCCAGUCAUGGAAUUUACUCUAAAAA